GGGCAACGAGCCAACGCUACUUUCGUCUUCCUUUGUAGAAACAAUGAUUUGGGAGGUGUCGUAUCUAGUAUACGACAAAUGGAGGACCGCUUUAAUCGACACUACAAAUAUCCGUGGGUGCUGCUCAACGAGGAGCCAUUCACAGACGAUUUCAAACAGCGUGUAUCCGUACUUACUGAUGCCCCAAUAUCUUUUGGCCAAAUACCUAGAGAACAUUGGUAUCAACCUGACUGGGUUGACGAAGAAAAAGCUAGAAACGGCCGUUUGAAGAUGAUGGCUCAAGGUAUCAUAUACGCAGGAAGUGUACCAUACCGGAAUAUGUGUCGCUUCAACUCUGGAUUCUUCUUCCAGCAUGAACUCUUGCGACCCUAUCGCUACUACUGGAGGGUCGAACCUGAUGUCAAAUUCUUUUGCGAUGUUCAUUACGAUCCUUUCAAAUUUAUGGAACAGAAUAACAAGGUGUAUGGGUUUACGAUAACGUUGGUGGAGUGGGAAGCAACAAUCCCUACACUUUGGGCGACUGUCAAAGAGUUUAUAAAAGAAAAUCCCCAGUUCCUAAGUCCUCAAAACUCAAUGGAUUUCCUGUCAGACAACGGGGGUGACACAUACAAUCUCUGCCAUUAUUGGAGUAAUUUUGAGAUUGCAGACUUGGACUUUUGGAGAGGGGAAGCAUACCAAAAGUUUUUUGCGUUUCUAGAGUCGAAAGGUGGUUUUUACUACGAGCGAUGGGGCGAUGCACCCGUGCAUAGUAUUGCUGCAUCUCUAUUCGCUCGACGAGAUCAAGUCCACUUUUUCCGCGACAUCGGAUAUCGACACGACCCUUUCCAACAUUGUCCUCAAGGCGAUGAUUGGUCUCGGGGUCGAUGUUCGUGUGAUCCACGUGAUAACUUUGAUUAUGCUCCAAAUUCUUGUAUAAGACGACAUGAGUCGUUGUACACAUAGACUGUACUCAGUACUUUUAGUAGACUUAGAAAUUGACUAGGAGUUUUGAUGUGU